AUGGCGGAAGAACCUCAACCACCAAACGUGCAAGAAGGCGCCGAUGCGCCGGACGUUCUACCCGCCAAUGCAGAAGACCGCAAGGCCGCGCAGGCCAUGUCUUCGCUGGAUACCAAAGGCGACGAAGAUGCGGCACCAAAGAAGGAGAUCGACUUGAAAGCACUCAACGAUGCUAUGAAGAAUUUGGGUGUGGGCCAGGAAUCGAAAGCCUCGACCGCUGCGGCGAAGAAGGAGGAUGCGCCGAAGAAGUUGGUCAAGGUGGAUCAGGCGGAUGUUACUUUGUUGGUGGAUCAGCUCGAUAUGUCAAAGGCGAAAGCCACUGAGCUACUACGAGCGCACGAUGCUGAUGCGGUCAAGGCUAUGACGGCUUGGGUAACGGCCGCUGUAUGA